UUCACGGCAAUUCAAGUCAAUAACUACUUCAGAGAGAACGCGUUCUUCUGUAAAAACCCAAAAAGUUACGAAAACCCCAACAUGGUGAACCAAAUUCUUACACUCUGCUGCCUGGUUCUGGUGGCAACCGUAUCCGGAAACACAGUAUCCACCAACGAUACUGCCUGCCCCUCUUUCUGUGCCAGCAUCUACAAGCCAGUGUGUGCCACCGAUGGCCUGAACUUCAAGGAGUUUGCCAGCGACUGCAACCUUCUGUCCCACAACUGUCGCCGCGAAAGGACAAGCCAGCAGGCCUAUGCUGCCACCGAUGCCGCUUGGUGCAGCUCCGAGUUCGUCGAGAAUCUGCACGAGAAGUUGGGCAACUUCAAGCUGGAGGUCAAGGAGUGCUUCAAGCCCUGCUCGAUGAUCUACCAGCCGGUGUGCAUUACCAAUGGCAAGUAUCGUGCCGAGUUGGCCAACUCCUGCCUGCUGGACAACUUCAACUGCGCCCUGCAGGCGUCUGGCGCCCAAACUGAGCUCUUCCGUCUUUUGCGAGAGCAGAAAUGCUAGACGAGAUCGGUCGUAAAAGCAGAACAAUACACAGACACAUCCUUUGUUCGAAAUAGUCAUCCUUUUGUUUUGAACGAAAUAUAAUCCCACGAAUUUAUGAGACACGA